AUGACCGUGGGCCUGGGCAUGAUGGCGGAAUGCAUAUUGAUAAUGUUCUUCCGCUGUCAAGUCAUAUCUAGUAUCAUGCUCGCGUUGUGCGUGGUAAAUUUUUUUACGUUAUUCAUGGUGCCAGAACCACCAAUGUGGCUCAGGGCCAAGGGCCGGGCAGCCGAGGCAGAUGAAGUGGACAGUUGGCUAGACUUGGGCCACAUAAUGCACAAGUCGUCCACCGUGGUGGAAUCAUCAGCUGUUGUAGCCGAACGGCCCAACUCGGUCAUGGCACUGGAUGCCAACGCGCAGGCAACGRCUGCCUCGUUGCCGUACUGGUCACUAUUCCUACGGCGUAAAGUAUGGAUGCCAACGUUGAUCACGCUGACAUUCUUCAUCUGCCAGCAAGGCAGUGGCGUAUAUGUGCUGCUGUUUUACUCAAUGGAUGUGCUCCGAGACUGCAGGGUGCCGUGGGACGGCAACACUGUUUCUCUGUUCUUGUCCGUGGCUCGGGUGAUGGGUGGCCUGGGUUUUGCAGCGAUGCACCGCGUYCCUCGCCGGACGCUCGUCAUGGUUUCYGGCGGAUGUAUGGCCGUAUCGUUGAUYGUAGUAGUCACAUACAUGAGAACGUUCGCUGGUGUCCAAGACCCGCCGUUCGCAAUGACGCUCAUCAUAGCAUUCGUAAUGUUUAUGUUCUUUGCUCUGCUGGCCAUUCUGCCCAUGCCUUGGAUAUUAUGUGGUGAAGUUUUCCCGAUGGCGGUAAAAGGUAAUAAUAAUCACCAAUAA